GGAGCAGCCGACCUGAACUUCGGCCUGGAGUCUGGGAACUUACAGGAGAUUGAUCUUCUUGAUUCCUUUCUUGUCCCUCUUUUCGCUUCGUGGUAUCGGUUCGUGAGCUGCCCGACCGGCUGUCUGUCUUUUUUUCUUCGCUCCCUCUGACUUUCACCCCCAGGACACUGCGCGACUCGUAUCCACGAUGGCUACCGCUACAAGCACAACCCCCGCGCCGCAGAAUGCGGUCUUCCCUCGCAGCCAUGUCGGUUUCGACAGUAUCACGUCGCAGAUCGAGAAGAAGCUGCUCAAGCGUGGCUUCCAGUUCAAUGUGAUGUGUGUCGGCCAGACUGGUCUGGGCAAAUCGACUCUGAUCAACACCAUCUUCGCUUCUCACCUGAUUGACUCCAAGGGUCGUCUGACCCCCAAUGAGCCCGUGCGUUCCACGACUGAGAUUCAGACCGUGUCCCACAUCAUUGAGGAAAAUGGUGUGCGUCUGCGAUUGAACAUUGUCGACACCCCUGGUUACGGUGACCAGGUGAACAACGACAGAUGCUGGGACCCCAUUGUCAAGUACAUUAAGGACCAGCACUCAGCAUAUCUGCGAAAGGAGCUCACUGCCCAGCGUGAGCGCUACAUCCAAGAUACCCGAAUCCACUGCUGUCUCUUCUUCAUUCAGCCGUCCGGCCAUGCUUUGAAACCCAUUGACAUUGUCGUCCUGAAGAAGCUCUCUGACGUUGUCAACGUCGUCCCUGUUAUUGCCAAAUCAGACUCUUUGACGCUCGACGAACGCCGGGCCUUCAAGGAGAGGAUCAAGGAGGAAUUCGCCUUCCACAACCUGAAGAUGUACCCCUACGACAAUGACGAACUUGAUGACGAGGAACGUGCUGUCAACGCUCAGAUUAAGGACAUUAUCCCCUUCGCUGUUGUCGGUAGCGAGAAGUCUAUUAUUGUCAACGGAAAACAAGUCCGCGGUCGUCAGAACCGUUGGGGUGUGAUCAAUGUCGAGGAUGAGAACCACUGCGAGUUCGUGUAUCUCCGAAACUUCCUCACCCGCACCCACCUCCAGGACCUCAUCGAAACCACCAGCCAGAUCCACUACGAGACUUUCCGUGCCAAGCAGCUCCUGGCUCUGAAGGAGAGCAGUGCUGCAGGUGCCCAUUCCGGCGGCCGGCCCAUCAGCCCCUCUGCUGAAAGGGAGCUGAGCCGUAACUCUCAGAGACAGACCAUGAAUGGUUACUAAUUCGAUCGUGAAGGGUGAUGCGAGCAGCGAUCAUCUUUCAGUUUCAUAAGGGCCGAACAGUGAAGCUGGAUGGAAGAAAGGACAGAAUAGGUCGAGAGACAGCCCAGCAGUGGGGCAGUCAGAAGGCUUCGUAUCCGAUUCUCGCCAGCAGGCGCUUACAGAUAUCCACUUUAAUUACAUGUUUCCCUGCGAGUAUUUUUUUUGUUCUCUUCUUCACUGUGCUAUUGGAAAACACUUCGACUUCCCCUAUUCUCUACGACUUUGUUUGCAAAAGGACCACCGAAG